UUUAACUUUCUUUAUUUAAUUGUCUUCAUUUCUUUACAUUCUUAUACUCUUUUGUUUUUUAUCAGUAGAUUUAAAUAAUGACAAAGUUAAAAUAAGAUCUGUGAUCAAUUUUCUUAAAGCUAACGAUUUGUUAAACAAAAUUUAAAUUUUAUUUAAUUUUUUUACUUAAUAAUUUAUUAUUGAAAUGAAGAUUAGAUAGACAUUGAUGACCUCAAGGUUUUUUUACCUCUAAGCCCAAAAUAACAACAACAAUAACUCUUGUGUUUGACUACAGUAAUAAGUAAUUAAUUAUUUUUAAGUUAGAAAAAAAAAAUUUACAUGAGUAUUUAUUUUAUUACAGGGAAGAUGACAAAAAGCUCUUUGAAAAGAAUAAAUUUUUAUUUAAUCAUUUAGCUAUUAACAACUUAAAAACUGGAAAUUUCGGCACACUUUUAAGGAUAUUUUUGAAAAAAUCUAGUUAUUUACUUCAAUCUUCAAAUAAUGCAAUUGCUAGAUACAGUUUACAGACAUAUAAUGCUUUGCUUGUUACAAGGUAUUACUUGCAACACCUUGUUCAUAAAUUUCCUGAAUGUGAAGUCAUAAAACAUAUUGAAAGUCAAGGAUCCAUGAAUAGAGAUGCAUUUAAGGCUGAAUCACUGAACUUACAACUUAUAAAUGGUCUGAUGAACAUUUUAAUAGCAUUACCAAUUUUUAAUGACACUUAUCCUGUUCAUCGUGAAUCCAUCAAUGUUUUUCUGGUUUUGUUGUCAAUUGAAUUAUUUACAACUGAGUCCAUAACUGAACUUAAAUUAUACAAUAUCAUUUUUGAAUCCUGUAAAUCAAGAGAUCUAGGGUUGGCAUUAAUCACAACAUUUUCAAAUCAACAAAAGGGUUUAUCUCAUCAAGGCAGUUCCUUCUUUGGACUAGGUGACAUUAUGGGAUUUCUUCUGUCUGCAACUGAAAAUGAAGUGCCUGCAUUGUGCAGAAAUGCAGCACUUCUAUUGAUUGUUCUAGUUAAUCAGUAUGUUGCCUUUUCUAAUCCAUACAGAAACGUCCUUUCUUCAAUUUCAGAUUUCAGUAAACUUUAUCACAGCAUCUGUAUUGCACUUGAAUAUGAAGAAACCACAUUACUAUUAUACCAUCUUUUACAUAGAAAUGAACAGUUUAAAACAUUUGUAUUAGCUCAGUCAGAUAUAGACGUACUUGUAGUGCCUAUGCUCCGUGCAAUUUAUCAUGCAAAUGAUAGCAGUUGCCAUCACAUGUAUAUGUCUUUAAUAAUAUUACUCAUUUUAACAGAAGAUGUUGAGUUUAACAAAAAAGUUCAUGAAAUAGUUCUAAAAAGUGUACCAUGGUAUGUUGAUAGACAACUUUCAGAAAUAACCUUAGGUGGCUUAAUUAUCCUGGUAACCACAAGGACUGUUCAGUAUAAUUUAUUGAAAAUGAGGGAUGAAUAUCUGCAUACUAAUUGCCUUGCUGCAUUAGCGAACAUGUCAUCUCAAUUUUCAAACCUACAAUCUUAUGUAUGUCAGCGGCUUGUGGGGCUUUUUGAGGUUUUAGCCAAAACAUACAAUCGUGCUAGACAAGAGCUUGUUGCCAUUGAAAAAGCCUUAAGAAUUAUUUUGGAAGUACUGAAUUCCUGUUUAUCAAAUCAGCUAAUUUCUAAUACCAAUUUAAUAUAUACAUUGCUGUACAACAAGCAUAUUUUUGAUACCUUUCGGAAUAAUCCUGCAUUUCAAGAUAUUAUCAGCAAUAUCACUCAGGUUCUGGAGUAUUUUAUAUCCAAAUUAGAAACUGAAAAGGACAUGUGUACAGAUGUUGAUACAGUUUUAAAAGUAAUCGUUGAUUCCUCACCAAAAUGGCCGUCUCACAGAUUGCAGAAAUUUCCAGAAUUGAAAUUUAAAUACGUCGAAGAAGAGAAACCGGAAGAAUUUUUCAUUCCUUAUGUUUGGUCUUUAGUGAGCGAUUAUUCCUGUGUUUAUUUACAAUCAUCUUCUUUUAAAAAAUGUUAAUGAAUAACUUAAACUUUACUUGUUUUAUAGUCCAAUAAUUUGUUAAUACAUUUUUUAUUAUUAUUAUUUUUGAUCAGACUUUUCAUUUUUUAUUUAUUAAUAAUAUAACGUAUGAAAAUUUCAUUUUUGAUGAUCAAGUUUAAAACAUUCACGAGAUAUGCCUACCUAAAAUUAAUAAUUUAAAGUUUUUUAAAAAAUGUUUAGAUAUUAAACUUUAUCAUAACAAGCUUAAAAAUAUGAUUGGAGCCAAAAAGAAAACUUAACAAUAGAUCUUGAUUUUUGUCAUUAAUUUUUUUCAUUGCAAUCCAGAAAUUUUUUUUUCUUUGUGAAAAAUAAUGGAAUAUUCAUAUCUUUGUGUUUAGCACUUGUUCAGUUAAUUGAGUUAACUAUUCAAUAUUUAUUUACCUAGUUACCCGAUAAAGUGGAUAACUACUAAAUAUUUUGAUAAAGAUCUACUAAAUAAUUUUAUGUUUCUAAUCGUUUUAUAUAUAUAUAUAUAUAAAAUAUUAAAAAAUGAUCUGAAUGUCAAAAUAAGGAUUAUCUGUCUUCCUAUCACUAGUGCUUGUGAUAAUUGAGAGAUGAAUUAUUUAUCUUAUUUCUGUCACCAUAUAUCUCAAAUAGUUAGGCAUCUAUUUAAGACUUUAAAUUUUUGGUAGUGUGGAGAUGGUUGACUGUAGAUUCUAAUUUCAGAAAAAGUUAGUUGGGGGUGCGGUAAAUAUAUAAAAUACUAUAUUACAUAAUAGUAUGUUUAUUGCACUGUCCAACGUUUUGACCUAUGUUGUAGUCUUCUUCAGGACUAAAAAGAUAUGAAAAAUAUAUGUUAAUUGGGUACUUGUGAACUGUGUGGUCCCCAAUAUUCUUAUCUUAUCUUACAUCACCUUCUUAUCUUAUGUUACGUCACAUAACCUGCCUUUUUAUCUCGUGUAAGCUGUUGUAAAAUAUAUCUAUAAGGAAAGGAAUGUGGUUAGAGGGGUCGAAGAUUACCUUUUCAACUGCUUUAAAAUUAAUUUAUAGGUGGUCUCAUAAUUUGACAACAAUACAGUGGGGCAAAGACUAGCUGAAACUAUCGAACAGAUGUAUCAUAAUGUGGAACAAAUUUUUAAGAGAGGUUUGUGCCCAUAACAUGUUAUACCGGUCAACUAAGAAAAUUGGAGGGCCUGGGAAAGUCAUUGAAGUAGACGAGAGUCUUUUUUCUAAAAGAAUAAAUCAUGUAGGGAAAGUUUUCCCUGAGCAAUGGAUGUUUGGCGGAGUUUGUCGUGAAACAGACGAGUGUUUCAUCGUAAAAAAAAAGGAAAAAAAGGCAAGAACUUUAUUAGAAUGUAUUAAAAAUAAUAUAGAAGAGGGAAGCACUAUUUAUUCUGACUGUUGGAAAGGAUACAACACCCAACAACUGAAUGAAGCAAACCAUCAUCAUUUGCAGGUAAAUCACAGGUAUAACUUUUUUGAUAGAUCAACUGGAGUCCAUACUCAACAUUUAGAAUAUUUAUGGGGCUCAGCUAAGUGGAGAAAUAAGAAACAUCGAGGAACUGCUAGGCAACACCUCGAUUCAUAUUUAUAUGAAUUUUUUGUGGCGGCGGACUCACAGAAAAGAGGACCUGUUCCAUGCUAUUUUAAAUAACAUUAAGCUACUUUGUCUUCCAAAAUAAAUUAUGAACAUAUAUGCGUAAAGUGAAAGUGUUUUAUAUCUAUAUAUGUUGUAAAAUCAAAGUGUUUUGUUAUUUAUAUUUCUUAUUAAAUUAUAAUAUUAAUAUUUUUUAUUAAUAUAUUUAUUUUUGUUAUAUUAUUAUAUUUGUUUUUGUCUAUAUCAAUUUCAAAUCAAAGGGUUUUGUUAUUCUUACAUUUCUUUUCGUCUAUUUCAAUUUCGAUAAAUAUGACAUUUGAUUUUGUCUAUUUCAUAUAUAUGUUGUAAAAUGAAAGUGUUUUGUUAUUAUUACAUUUGUUUUUGAAUUUCAUAUGAAGAUAGGGAUUAUCAGUACCUUAUCAGAGUUAUCAGUGUUCAGGUUAUAAAUAUUGGCAGAUAGCAGUCCAUGGGGACCAGACUGUUCACAAGUACUGUUAAUUGUUACAGGGUACCAAAAAUUAUAAGUAAAAUAUUUAUUAAUAUUGAAAUAGUACAACUUAUUAGAGAAAGAAAUUGUGGAAAUCUCAAUAUAUCAUAAGUGAUGUGGUACAAUUACAGUAUGGUUUGAAAUACAAUGUUCUUUAUACAUAAUUGAUUUGACACUGUGUAAUUUAUUCAUUAAUCUGAUGAAAAAUAACAAACUGAGUUUAUCAUAUGAUAUUAAAAUGUAAAAAAAAAAGUUAUGAUAAUGUAGAAUGUUCCAGUAAAUGUAAAUGACAAUUGACAUUUAGUUCUAUUUGAUAGAGGUAAUGGAUUAUUAGGAUAUCUGGAGUAUAUUAAGGGUAAUAGGUAGUAGAUAUUUUAUGAAUAAAAAUAAUAAUAAAAGUCAAACAGAACAUUCAGUACGGAGCAGUACGGAGACUGGCAAUCUGAUGUUGGUAAGGUAAAAAUGUGGAUCUAAAAACGUUCAGGUAAAAAGGGACUAAAGGGGUUGUUAAAAUAAUUACUGGUCCGUUGUCAGAAAAGUCCAAGUAGAUGAGAUAAGAAAAAACCAUUAUGCCUUAAAUUAUUACAGUGAUAGUUGCAUGAAUUGAUCAAGUAUUAGUUAAAGUAUUAAAUACACCCAAGAAGAGCAGGGACAGGUAAUUGACAUGUACUUGUAAAUGUGAACUAUGGUGUAGGGGAUUUUGAAAUCCGUGAAUGAGGUCGCAUUUUUAUGGUGAGCGUAUAAGGAG